CCAUCCACUUCCGUCCAAAAAUCUGUUACUAUUGUCUAAUCAGUAAUCAGCAUGACAUGUUAUUAAAUAUAAUAAUAAAAAAAUAAUUUCAUUAUUUGAAUUAACUCUACAACCCUAACCGGUUCAAUAGCUCGGUUAUGUACCGACCUGGCCGAUUCCUCCGAUUUGGCUAUUAGCAGUAGCGACAGACAGGCCGCAACAGCAGGCGUCGUCGUUAAGGGAGAAGAGCAAACUUGACUGGCGGUGGGGUUCUAGGGUGCGCUGGAAAAGAGAGAGGUAGAGGCGCAACGGGGUGGGAGGAAUUGAGGUGACUUUGUUGUUUUUUAUUUCGGGAGAAAUCAGAGGAGCUCGCUGUGGUGGAGCGGCGGCGGAGUGGUGGAGAAGAAGGCGUCGAGGAAGCGGUCGGAGGAAGGUACAAUUCAGAGUUUCUCACCAUGUGAUUGUCAAUGUGAUAGCGGACUGCCUCUGUAACGCCAUAAGAUAUCAUAUUCAAGGUGAAACCCAAGAAAAUUUUGCACCACAGAGUCUCUGCUAUCUGCAAAUAGGGUCUUCAUCGUUGCAAUCUUCAGCAAUGGGCUUGUCAUCAAACCUCCAAUCUAGCUUCAAUUCACCAACGCAAGUCAGAAUUCUAUGAUGACCAUCAAAUUAAUUACGAAAUGAAAGUGAACUGCCUUCUAGAGACUCCGAUUCUUCUCCAACACUCCACCGCCGCUCCACCGCGAGCUCAAUGACGACAUCUUCUCCACCGUCGACUUCUCCUCCGAUUCCUCCCGAAAUCAACAACAAUAAAGCCACAUCAAUUCUUCCCACCGCUGCGCUGCUGGGAGAGAUCUCGGCUCUCCUCAACUCUUAUUCCCCUGUUGUCCCAACCGCCUCUUGCAACAUAGCUCUCCUCUUUCCUUGGCGGAGCGGCGCCUCUCCCUCUCUCUUUCUCCAGCGAACCCUAGAACUCUACCGCCUAUCGACUCCUACGGCCAGAAAUAGCGGACAAUAACCUGGAGAGAGAUGGGUCGAAGCGGAGUUAAACUCUCUUGGGCCCGGUUCCUCCUGCACUGAAUUGGCCCUGAAUAAAAGGCCCAACCGAAGAAAUCCAUCUCCGGGAAAACCCUAACGCAGUCAGAGAAGUGAUAGCUAGCAAGCAUAGAAGCGCACAGAGAGUAAAACCUGGCUGAGUGCUGACCAUCAUCUUCACCCAGUCGUCGAGUCUCUUCGUUGCUGCCUUGCCUUCUCUGCUCUUUCCCGCCGCCAUGAAGUUCAAUAUCGCCAACCCCACAACUGGGUGCCAGAAGAAGCUGGAAAUCGAUGACGACCAGAAGCUGCGUGCCUUUUUUGACAAGAGAAUCUCUCAGGAAGUCAGCGGUGAUGCCCUUGGAGAGGAGUUCAAAGGCUAUGUGUUCAAGAUCAUGGGAGGUUGUGACAAGCAGGGGUUCCCCAUGAAGCAGGGAGUGUUGAACCCUGGUCGUGUCCGCCUUUUGCUUACCCGAGGAACCCCAUGCUUCCGUGGAUAUGGUAGGCGCAAUGGUGAGCGCAGAAGGAAGUCUGUUCGUGGUUGCAUUGUCAGCCAAGAUCUUUCUGUUCUCAACUUGGUCAUUGUGAAGAAAGGUGAGAGUGAUCUCCCUGGGCUGACCGACACUGAGAAGCCAAGAAUGAGAGGACCAAAGAGAGCAUCCAAGAUCCGAAAGCUUUUCAAUCUGUCAAAGGACGACGAUGUCAGGAAGUAUGUGAAUACCUACCGCCGAACUUUUACCCGGAAAAAUGGGAAGGAAGCGAGCAAGGCUCCUAAAAUUCAGAGGCUCGUGACUCCAUUGACCCUGCAAAGGAAGAGAGCAAGGCUGGCAGAGAAGAAGAAGAGAGUUGCAAAGGCCAAUGCUGAUGCUGCCGAGUACCAGAAGCUCCUUGCAUCGAGAUUGAAAGAGCAGAGAGAUCGUCGCAGCGAGAGCUUAGCCAAGAAGCGGUCCAGGUUGUCUGCUGCUUCCAAACCUUCUGUGGUUGCUUAAGCCAACUGGGGUUUUGUAGGGAUGCCAAACUUUUUUGUUCUUCGUAAUUGUGUUCCCUGAGAGUUUUGGUAUCAACAGUAGGCUAGGCAUGAAGUUUGAUUUGUUCCUUGAAUACAUCACUCACGAACUCAAUCUGAAUGCUUGCAACUCAAAAUUUCUGUUCUAGUAACAGAGAUUGUAGUAGAACCAAGAACUAAACUAACACUGAUCUUUCAUAAAUCAUAAUGAUUGUGGUGAGGAGAUCUAUUUGGCUUAGAUGAUGAACAUCCACUUCAAGACCGAAAAUUAUAUCAAUUGCAAUCUCGAUUGUAUAUCAGUAAAUAUAACACCGAAACAAA